AUCCUUAUUACUGAAGACUGACACUUACUCUUCUGAAAGUUAUUGUAUACUGAAAGACGGGGAAUUUUGACUGUUGAGGGUCACUGGUCCACAUUGUUCUCAUAUUGGGUUGGCUCUUGCUCCAAUAAGCUGUAGUUUGAUCAUAUACUCGUAGCGAUGCCGAUUGCUCCAAAUACAUAUCGGGGCGUUUCCCAACCAUCAUGUUUAGCCAAAGUAAAGUUUGGAUUUUUAAUGGGGUUCUGUGUCGGUGUAGCAACUGGUGCUAUAUUCGGCGGAUUCAAUUGUUUAAGAUAUGGUUUACGUGGACGUGAAUUAAUUCAAACGGUUGGCAAAGGCAUGUUUCAAGGUGGAGGUACAUUUGGCAUGUUUAUGGCUAUAGGAACUGCCAUCCGUUGUUAAUAAUCCUCUCAUUAGUUUUUUGACAUCUCAAUUCCAUGUAUGCCUUCUUCGAUCUGUUUUGUUCUUCCCAAAUGCAGAAAUGACCUGUAUCUACUAACAUUCUAUGGUGUGCUUAUGAUGAGGAAACAAUGCUUAGAUUUAGGAGUCAUAGUAUUUUACUAUCUACUUAUCUUUUCUUGUUCCGAACAUUGAUUCGUUUUAAUGUAUGACCAAAUGAUGACUGAAUUUAUUGAGUAUGAAAUAUUAUUUAAAGUUGCUGAUAAGCUUUUUUCAAUAAUCCAUGUACAUAAAUAUACAUUACACCGUAGUGAUUAA